AAUCUUAAAAUGGGUUCUAAUUCCAAGCCUCAUGCUGUUUGCAUUCCAGUUCCAACUCAAGGCCAUAUCAAGGCACAUCUUAAACUGGCAAAGAUCCUCCACCACAAAGGCUUUCAUGUAACCUUUGUCAACACAGAGUUCAACCACAAGAGACUUGUCAAAUCUCUAGGACCCAACUCCCUUGACGGCUUGCCCGAUUUUCGAUUCGAAACAAUCCCGGAUGGCCUUCCGGAUUCAGAUGAAGAUGCCACCCAAGACCUGACUUUGCUUUGUGAUUCCAUCUUGAAAAACUUCUUGGCACCUUUUCUUGACCUCCUCACAAAACUCAAUAAUGAUGUUACAUCAACUUCCAACAAUGCUCCUCCUCCUGUGACUUGCAUUGUUUCAGACCCUUUCAUGCCAUUCACAACCCCUGCUGCUGAACAGCUUGGAAUUCCUGUCACUCUCUUCUUUACUUUUGCAGCAAGCAGCUUCAUGGGCUUCAAGCAAUAUCCCACUUUGGUGGGAAAAGGUCUUGCACCUCUCAAAGAUGAGAGCUUCUUGACAAAUGGCUUUCUGGACCAGGUGAUAGAUUGGGUUCCAGGAAUGAAAGGUAUUCGUCUAAGGGAUCUCCCAAACAACUUCAUAACUACAAAUCCCAAUGACAGCAUUUUCAAUGGCAUCCUUGAAGUAAUUGGAAGACUUCAUAAAGCUUCAGCUGUUUUUGUUCAUACUUUCGAUGCGUUGGAGCCAGAUGUUUUGGAUGCUCUCUCAUCUAUGUCUCCACCUGUAUAUGCCAUUGGCCCUCUCCAAUUACUUCUCAAUCAAAUACCAGAACACCCUUUGAAGUCUCUUGGGUACAGCCUCUGGAAAGAAGAAACUGAGUGCCUCCAAUGGCUAAACUCCAUGGCACCAAACUCGGUUGUUUAUGUGAAUUUUGGGAGUAUAACGGUCAUGACACCAAAUCAACUUGUCGAGUUUGGCUGGGGACUUGCAAAUAGCAAGCUUCAUUUCUUCUGGGUAAUUAGGCCUGAUUUGGUUAUUGGCGAGUCAGCGAUUUUGCCACCGGAGUUUGUGGAGGAAACUAAGGAAAGAAGUCUAAUAGCAAGUUGGUGCCCACAAGAGCAAGUCCUUAACCACCCUUCAGUUGGAGGAUUUUUAACACACAACGGUUGGAAUUCAACGAUUGAGAGCUUGUCUGCAGGAGUUCCUAUGUUGUGCUGGCCAUUCUUUGCUGAUCAGCAAACAAACUGUCACUAUACCUGCAAGGAAUGGGGCAUUGGGAUGGAGAUCAACAAUGAUGUCAAGAGAGACGAUGUAGAGAAGCUUGUUAGAGAGUUAAUGGAGGGAGAGAAGGGUAAGAAGAUUAAGAACAAGGCCAUGGAGUGGAAAACACUGGCAGAGGAGGCCAUCCGUCUACACGGUUCUUCGUCCACAAACUUAGACAAUUUAGCGAAUCAAAUGCAAUCAAGAAAAAGCUAG